UUCUUUCAUUUAUACUUUCGUUUGUAAAUAAAGCUGUAAUACAAGUACUCGUAUUUAAUAAAUGCAAAAUUGUUAGUGAAGCAGACAAAUUAUUGAGACAAUGGAAGGAAUCAUAGAUAUUGGAGGGCAUAUAUAUAUCAUUGGCUUACCCGCUAAUAUUCAGCGUCAUCUGACCAACAUAAGGCGUUUUCAGGGCCAUAACCAUGAUCGUGGAUUUGAGGUAUUGCCUACAAUCUUUGAACUGGUGCCCUUGCCUCCAGUUCAUCCCCAAGGAUCGGGCAUUGAUUUAUACGCAGCCGGCGAUGGACCACACAUCAUUCCCGAUAAUGCAGACCCCUCUUUGAUAAUCUUUCGGACCCAACAAACUAAAAUCCGGUUGAGUAUGGAGAUCCAGAUGCCGAAGAACAUUUCUGUCACCAGUGCUUUCUUCAAAAAGAUACUGUCCCUCCUUGGCGUUGAUUUAAGUCAAGACUUCGCCCUUGGUCUAUCAUACGAUGCCAAUUUAAGAAUACAACAGAGUGUAAAUAGAUUUACGCCGUACUGGAUAAAAGAUUUUCCCAGAAUCCAGAACAACUUAUUAAUAUAGUAUCACUUUUCAUGUGUCAAGUAAUAAAAGUAAUAAUUACCUUCAGGAAUAGCUUAAUACUUAACACAAAAAACCCGGUGUGUCAGUUUUCUUUAAUCAAUAACAAAACUCAUAAAUGAUUGCGAAAACAAAGUCACAAUACUUCCAUGUGGUCCCAAUAUUCAAAACACUUCCCUCCAAGUAAUCAGGUACUUAUGAUAUGGGUGCCUGAAGGGCUAAUAAAAUGCUAAUAUAAACCUUUAGCCUCCCUAGUAUCAACGCCUUGUUUGGGGUCUGAAUUGGCCUAGUCUGCAUGAAAUCAUUUUCGACUCUACACUUUAGUACAAAUUCAUAAACAUUUUAUAAGAAGUACCAUCGCGUAAUCGUCAUUCGGAACUUAUUUUACUAAUCGCUGGCCACGAUUAGAACCAAUUAAGAUAUGCAUUGAAUGGCGAUCGUGAAUUCACUGAACUUGAAUUAGUAUAUGCCU